CACAUCAUCGACAUUUGUUGCGGAAGGGUGGUAUCCAACAACUUGUUUUUAUUUUGGACCAGCAUCUACGCCGCUGAGAGUUCUGUAGAGCUGAAACCACCAUGAGAUUUACUGAAUGCCCCUCGACAGGGUAAAAACAACCACUGGAAUUUUAGUGUCACCAUUACAAAAUGGCUGAAUGUUCGGUUCAUCUUCGUCACAAAGAAACCGAGAACAUGUCACACUGAGUUUGUUGUUUCCCUGCUCGGUUAUCUUUGCAAACCACUUCCUCCGUCACCAGGGCAACAGCUCACCAGAGCUGCAGAGAGUGUUGAACGUGUUUCUCGCUCUCUGGUUGCUGUCUCUCAGAGGAGAGAGAGUGGCCUCAGAGACGAGGAUGCUUUUAGCAUUUGCUGUCCGGGAUGGAAUGAAGAAGAUUGCAGGGAUAGUAUUUAUGCAAUUCUGAUCUGAGUGUCAAACAGCUUGCAGUCAGUGAAUCGUUUCUGCGUCAAAAGAACAAAACAAAAAUCGCCUGUACUGAGUGCUAUAUUUUCAAUUUUAUAUUUGUAACAUAUUGUUCCUGUUACACGACGAGGAAAGGGGCUGCUAAUUGACCUGGGCUACACCGCACUCAACAAUGAAAUAAUGAACAACUGUGGUCAAUGUAACUGCGGAGACAAGUAGCAGCGCCCUCUUUCUGACCCAUUGCCCACGUUUCCCGGCUGAUCCACGUCCAGACAAAGGGUCAUCAGGCUCCAAUUCUGCCAUUGGUUGGUGUGGGAGUGUACGUUUUUGAACUGAUACUAGCUGAGACACUGCCGCAUAUUACCGGCAGCAAAGAGCCCUGAGAGAGUUGGUGAUUGAGAUACAAUCUUGGGAUGGGGGCUCCAGGAAUAUGGAACUGACAGUGUCUGGGCCUCGGUCUGCCUUGGUGCUUUUACAGACGCGGCUUGAUGUUCCUCCUUCCGCAAUGACGCAGACGUCUCCGGGAGCUGGAUAUUGGUCGCAUGACUCUCUCAUUGUGAGAUGUGGGAACUCCCAGUGUGAGAUGUGGGAAAGAUAUGAGAGUCUCUCGGUGUGGGCUGUAACCCUCUGAGUUUGGACCUGGGAUACCAAAUUUUAUCUGAUUUGAUCCAGAUAAAAUGAGUCCAGGGAUCAAGCUGUCCGGGUUUAUGAGGUGUUGAGCGAGUAUUUCUGUUCUGUGCUCAGGUGUUUGGUUGAGAAGUUCCUUUGGAAGCAAAGCAGAGAACGAGUCCCCAUUCCAUCCCUCACAAGGAGCGGCUAUGGUCAAAUACGCUGUUUUGUGAUUGCACCGGUCGAAAGAGGCCGGGGUUUCAGAAUUCAAUUUGUAUUUGGAAAUUCCCCCUGACUGUCACCUGUCCAUCGGCCAGUGGGAGUGAAAGAGAAACUCAAGGUGCUGAAGAUAGAACAGAACAUGGAACAGUACAUCGCAGGAACAGGCCUUCCCGCCACAAUGGUGUGCCAAACCAGCUGAAAAGUAAAUCAACACCCCCCGAAGUAAACUAAUGACUCCCUCCUACACAAUGUCCAUAACCUCUCAAUCUUCCUCACACCCUAGUGCUUAUCUAAACGUCACUGAAAAGGCCUCCAGUGUAUUUGCUUCCACCACCAUAACAGACAGGGCAAUCCAGGCAUCCAGAUCACUCUGAGUAGAUCAACGUACCCUCAGUCUGAAUCAGAGUUUCCAUUGACUCACUCAGGAGAAAGUUUGGUGAGUCUCAUUUACUGAAACGCUAGUUCUUUAGUCAUUACAUUUCCGUACCAAGGAAGGUAGAAAAUAGCUGGAGUCAGACUGAAUAAGCCUAGAAAUACCAUUUAUGCCUCUAUCAGACUCAGUCGCAAUCAUUGCAGAUGUCAGCAUCAGCUCUGCGAAGCCACGCACAUUCCCUCACAUUGUUUGUCCAUUUCCAACAUCACCUCUGACCUUUCCUUGCUUCGUGUUACGUCACAAUUCUCUCAAAAUGCGUGGAGAAUUUCCUUCCGUUAGAAGACGCCGCUGUUGUUUCCUGCUGCAGUGAUUGCAGAAAUGUGGAAUCACCAUGAACUACAGCAACAUGUCAUUGACUCCUCUGUCUAUUGCAAGCCUCAAUGAUAUACUUGCCCUCGAGUAUAUCGUCGUGCAAGCCUCUGCUAAGAGCAAACCCCCUUGAAGCCAAAUGUCCCAACACCACAUUUCACUCAGUCCGAACUAGCAAAUGCCAACCAAUAAUUUACAUUUACAUACCCUGUCAUCAUCAAGUGCUUUUCUACUAAUAAAUUGUCAGAACCUGUGAAUCUGUGAUUAAGCAGAAUUAGGUUUUACAAUGAAGUUAUAUUCCUGUUUGACCCUGUACCAAAGGUCUGAAAAUUAGGACCAUUUCAGUGUACACUGUAGCCAGCAUUGUCUCGAUGGGCUGAAAGGUCGGUAUCUGUGAUCUGUUGCUCUGUGCCUCUUUCGGAAGGAUGCUCCAGACAUACAGACAUGGUUUGGGAGUUGAUGCGAACUGCGGCUCUGAAACAGAGAAUGUUUGUACUGUCACAUUUGCAAAGUAAUCCAACUCUCUCUGACUCACUGUCUGUUUGUUGUGUGUAAUUCAGGGCAUCACCAGCAGGUGGAGCUGGUCAGCACCGGGAUCGGUGUGCAGACAAGACGACGACAAUCAACAACCGUCAGUCGGAAUCAGAAUGGCGACAGGUGGGAAAUUAAAUCGGGUACAGAAAAUACUCAAGAGGCUUUUACCAGGUAGCUCAUCGAGGGAAGAUGAUCGGGACACGGGGAGCAAGGUUCCAAAGCAGGGUCAGAUUGAGAGCAAUGUCCCAAUGGAAUGCGGUCUGGCCGCAGAGGAGGAGGAGCAAAUUCAGCCCAGAGAGAGAGACGUAAGAGACACUGAGCAGGACCCUGGAACUGGAACCAGUGAGGCGACUGCCUGUCAGCCCAGAGACAGUGACGUCAGAGACACUGAGCAGGACCCUGGAACCGGAACCAGUGAGGUGACUGCCUGUCAGCCCAGAGACAGUGACGUCAGAGACACUGAGCAGGACCCUGGAACCGGCACAAGUGAGGCGACUGCCUGUCAGCCCAGAGACAGUGACGUCAGAGACACUGAGCAGGACCCUGGAACUGGAACCAGUGAGGCGACUGCCUGUCAGCCCAGAGACAGUGACGUCAGAGACACUGAGCAGGACCCUGGAACCGGCACAAGUGAGGCGACUGUCUGUCAGCCCAGAGACAGUGACGUCAGAGACACUGAGCAGGUCCCUGGAACCGGCACAAGUGAGGCGACUGCCUGUCAGCCCAGAGACAGUGACGUCAGAGACACUGAGCAGGACCCUGGAACCGGCACAAGUGAGGCGACUGCCUGUCAGCCCAGAGACAGUGACGUCAGAGACACUGAGCAGGUCCCCAGAACCGGCACAAGUGAGGCGACUGCCUGUCAGCUCGGAAACUCAUUAAACACGGAAUUGUCGAGUGCCCAACAGGGAGUGGAGUUUACAAUCUCUGACCUCCUGGCAGAGGGGGGCGAGUAUCGACUGUACCAACUGACCAAGUUCUACAGGGACAGACUCAAACAUGCAAUUGAAGAGAAAGUUGAACGACUCGGUUGGAUGUUGACAAAGGAUGGACAUUUCAGUAGAGAAGAAAAUGAGAAAGUCACUGAACUGACGGAGAAGGGAAACCGGACAGAGAGUUCCAGACUCUUCCUCAGUUUGGUGAAUGGCAAAGGCUCCCGGGCCCGGAGGGCGAUGUGGGAAUCCUUUGUGAUGCGGAGGACUGAGUUACCGAAGUUGGACAGGAUACUGAGGGAGAUACAGGAGCUCGGUCCUGACCCAGAGGAAUACAUGAACAUCGCACAAGGGUUGUCUGAGUUACCCACUGAACUGACAGAUGUUCAACAGAAACACAAGGAGACUCUGCGGGCACAAACUGAAACACUGAGAGUGAACACGAUCCUGAUGAGGGAGAAGGUGAAGGUUUUCCAGCUGCUUGAUCGAUACACAAAGCUCACGGUCAUUUCUACUCUUCGAGUUCGGAGAUUGGUGGAACAUGAGCUGCUGGCAAGAGGCAGAGACCACGAGGAGUGGAGAGAGGAACAUCUCCGCAGAGAGCUGGAAAAAAUCCGGACUGAUCAGUUGUUCCAGAGCAGCUUUUCCCGGAGUAAAUCCAAAUCUGGGAGUUCGGCAGCAGUGGCCGGAGUCCCAGGGAUCGGGAAAACCACAAUGGUACAAAAGAUUGUUUAUGAUUGGGCCACGGGAAAAAUUUACCAACAGUUCCAGUUCGUCUUCAGUUUCAAGUUCCGAGAUUUAAACACGAUCAAUUGUACAAUCAAUCUCUCGAACCUGGUGCUGUGUUUCUAUCCUUACCUUGGGAAUGUCCUGAAAUCACUGUGGAAGAACCCAGAGGGAAUGCUGUUUAUAUUUGAUGGCUUGGAUGAAUUCAACGACACAAUUGAUUUUGCUGACAGCCGGAGAAACACAGACCCUCAGGCCUCAUGCACAGAUCCUGAAUUCCGGUGCAAGGUGUCGGACAUUGUGUACAGUUUAAUCCAGGGCAAGCUGCUCCCAGGGUGUUCAGUGCUGGUGACCACCCGCCCCUCUGUGUUACAUUUAUUGGAAAAAGCGAAGAUCGGUGUCCGGGCUGAAAUCCUGGGAUUUGUUGGUGAGGAACGGAAGGAAUAUUUCAUCAAGCAUUUUGAAGAUCAGAUGGUGGCAGCAGCUCUUUUCAAACACGUGCAGGAGAAUGAGAUCCUGUACACCAUGAGCUACAACCCCUCCUACUGCUGGAUCCUUGCUCUGGCACUGGGCCCCUUCUUCACACAAAGAGUCAGGGACCCGCAGGGAGUUCCCAAGACCAUCACCCAACUGUACUCCUACUAUAUUUACAAUAUCCUAAAAAAUCACGGCCGUGAGAUUGAGAGACCCCGUGAUGUGUUUCUCAGGGUGGGUCAGAUGGCCUACAGAGGAGUGUCCGAGAAGAAGAUUGUGUUUGCAGACGGAGAUUUGAUCAAGUUCAAUCUGCAGCCUUCCCAGUUCCUGUCCGGGUUCCUGAUGGAGCUUUUGGAGAGAGAGGAUUCUGCCCACAGCGUGGUGUACACAUUCCCACACCUCACCAUCCAAGAGUUUGUAGCUGCAGUCGCACAAUUCCUGACUGUACAUCCCGAUGAUAUCCUGAAAUUCCUCAAUGAAGCCCACAAGACAAAAGAUGGGCGAUUUGAGGUAUUUCUCCGUUUUGUUGCUGGUCUCUCCAACCCAAUGACAGCUCGGGGCCUGGAGGAGUUUCUGGGUCCAUUUCCUCAUCAAACAACCUGCCGGGUGAUUGACUGGGUGAAGGAGGAGGUUAAAGGCCAGAGUGGAAACACGGGUGACAUUGGGAGAAGGAGACUCCUGAACACAUUGCACUACCUGUUUGAGUCUCAGAAUCGUGGACUGGCUCAGGCCGCACUGGGAUCUCUGAAAACACUUUCAUUCAGUGGAAUGACAGUGACCCCGGUUGACUGCACGGUCCUGUCUCAUGCCAUCGGACUCUGUGAUACUAUAAAACACCUCGACCUGGAGAACUGCCACAUUCAGUGUGAAGGAAUCCAGCGGCUGGGACCCGGGCUGAGCAAGUGCCAGGAGUUGAGGUAACUUGGUUUAUCUCUCACUCAGAACUCUAAAACUGUUCCAUUGUGCUGUUUCCAAGUGAACGGAUUUGGGUAAAACUGCAGUAAAUCAGAUUGAGAUGUAUUGUGACAAAUGCCACCCCCUUCAUCCUGUGCGAUCACUCUUCCCCAUCCCGAUUAUUCCUGUUGGAUUUCUCUUAGCCAUUACCCUUCCUCUAGUCAGAUUUCUCUUCCACACACCCGUUCCUGCUGUGGGAUCUCUCUUCCCUAUCCACUUCGUCCUGUCGGAUCACUUUCCUCAUCCCCCUUACUGUGGGAUCUCUCUUCCCCAUUCCCAUUCUCCUGUGGGAUCUCUCAUCCCCGUCACUCUUCUUAAUGAGGGAUCUCUCUUCCCCAUCCCCUUUCUCCUCUUGGAUCUCGUUCACCCAUCCCCUUCCUCCUGUGGGAUCUCCCUUCCCCAUCCCCCUUCCUCCUGUGGGAUCUCUCUUUCCCCAUUCCCAUCCUCCUGUGGGAUCUCUCAUCCCCAUCACUCUUCUUCAUGAGGGAUCUCUCUUCCACAUCCCCUUUCUCCCAUUGGAUCUCGAUAACCCAUCCCCUUCCUCCUGUGGGAUCUCUCUUCCCCAUCCCCCUUACUCGUGUGGGAUCUCUUUACCCAUCCCCCGUCCUCCUGUGGG